GCCUCUUCACCUCAGCGACUCUAGAGCGCCGCGCCCCAGAGACGAGUACAGAGAGAAACAAACGGUUGCAGAAAGAAACAGUGAAUAAAAUCCCUCUAACGGAGAAAAACCUCACGCUCCCCGUCUGUCCCCGAGUCGCUGUCCAUUCCAAUCGCACAUCAAGACCCAAAUAAGCGUGUGUGAUGAACGGAGACUCAGGUGCAGGGGUGGUGACGGCCCCCCCGCCCACCAAUCCCCCUCAUAAGGAGCGUUAUUUCGACCGAGUGGACGAGAGCAGCCCGGAGUACCAGAGAGAGAGGAACAUGGCACCGGAUCUGCGGCAGGACUUCAACAUGAUGGAGCAGCGCAAGAGAGUCUCCAUGAUCCUGCAGAGUCCAGCGUUUUGUGAUGAGCUGGAGUCUCUGAUCCAGGAUCAGAUGAAGAAGGGGAAAAACCCCACCAGUUUGCUUGCGCUGCAGCAGAUCGCUGACUUCAUGACCACUAGCGUCCCCACCAUGUACCCUGCCGGCCCGCAGGGAGGAAUGGCGGCCCUCAACAUGAGUUUGGGGAUGGUGACUCCAGUGAAUGAUCUGAGAGGUUCGGACUCCAUCGCUUAUGAGAAAGGAGAGAAGCUCUUGCGCUGUAAACUUGCUGCGUUUUACCGCCUGGCUGACCUUUUUGGCUGGUCUCAGCUCAUCUACAACCACCUGACUGUCCGGCUGAACUCUGAGCAGGAGCGUUUUCUGAUUGUCCCUUUCGGGCUUCUGUACAGUGAAGUCACUGCCUCCAGUUUGGUGAAGAUUAACCUGCAGGGGGAGAUCGUAGACAGAGGCAGCACUAAUCUGGGAGUAAAUCAGGCUGGAUUCACCCUUCACUCCGCCAUCUACGCUGCCCGACCGGACAUCAAGUGCAUAGUGCACAUUCACACGCCCGCUGGCGCCGCGGUGUCUGCUAUGAAGUGUGGUCUGCUGCCCAUUUCACCCGAGGCUCUGUCGCUGGGCGAGGUGGCAUACCACGAUUACCACGGUAUACUUGUGGACGAGGAGGAGAACGUCCUCAUACAGAAGAACCUGGGUCCUAAGAGCAAGGUGUUGAUUUUAAGGAAUCACGGUCUGGUGUCUGUUGGAGAAACAGUUGAAGAGGCAUUUUACUACAUUCACAACCUGGUCACAGCCUGUGAGAUUCAGGUGCGCACCCUCGCCAGUGCAGGGGGUCCUGACAACCUGGUGAUGUUGGACCCAGGCAAGUAUAAAUCCCGCCCACGCCACCUCGAGCCGGUUGGAGACGGGUCGAGUUCGCACCCGAAGUGGCAGAUCGGGGAGCAGGAGUUUGAGGCUUUGAUGAGGAUGCUGGAUAAUCUGGGCUACAGGACUGGUUAUCCAUACCGUUGCCCGGCGCUGCGCGAUAAAUCUAAAAAGUACAGUGAUGUUGAGAUUCCCCCGUCAGCCACGGGCUACUCAUACGCAGAGGACAGUGACUCGGGUGCACGCUCCCCGUUAAAGCACAGCUUUCAGCGGCAGCAGCGGGACAAGACCCGCUGGCUAGCCGCCGGGCGGCCCGACGAAUCAGCAGAAGAGGGGCAGGAUGGCAGCGGUAGCCCCAAGGCGAAGACUAAGGUGUGGACGAACAUAACACACGAUCACGUCAAACCCUUGCUGCAGUCUCUCUCGUCCGGUGUCUGCGUGCCAAGCUGUAUUACCAACUGCUUGUGGACUAAGGAGGACAGUCUCCGACAGGCAGCUGUGGCCAAUCAGUUUGUCCCGAUGAACACCAACCCCAAAGAAGUCCAAGAGAUGCGCAACAAGAUCCGUGACCAGAAUCUGCAGGACAAAAAGACGGCAGGUCCUCAGUCGCAGGUGCUCUCAGGUGCCGUGGUGGACCGUUCGUAUGUCCAGAGAGUGACUAUAUGGCACGACGCUCCUCUCUCUGACUGUACGGACUCUAUUGAUGGCAUUGACCCUUCAGGGAGCUUUAGUCCCUCUAGGUCUAUUCGAAAGGGGGAGCUAGUGACCGCGUCUAAAGCCAUCAUUGAGAAGGAGUACCAACCACGUGUCGUCGUCAGUAAAACUGGACCAAACCCCUUCAACAAGCUCACAGACCAGGAGCUGGAGGAGUAUCGCAGGGAAGUGGAGCUCAAGCAGAAGGGCCCAGAAGCACAGGUCGAGGAGUUGUCCUCGGCCCCCGAAGAAGCCCAGACUCCAGGCGUCACAUCCACGCAGGAAAAUGAGGAUCCGCAGGCCACCGCGGCCCCUCCACCGUCCAUAAUCGAAUCGGGCCGCUCAUCGGGUCAGGACAGUCCGGCGGAUGCUCCAGGAUCCCCUCAUAAGGAGUUUCACUCCGCUGUGCUAAAAGCUCUGGGCUGUGACGCGGAGUCUGAGCAUGACGUGCCGUCUGCAGGUCAGACACCAGAGGUUGAAGAGGGGAAAGUCCCCAGCGCCACCUGCACUCCUCCCAGCUCACCUAUGCGCGUAGAGGAAGAGAUACAACAGGAACAGACGUUCAAAGACGAGAGUGACUCCGCCACUUUAAGACAGACCCUCCCUGAUCUGACCCCCGAUGAAGCCUCCGAAGUCGCCGCCCUCCCCGCAGAAGACCCCGCCCCUGGACAGACUGACUCCGCCCCUCAGCCUGAGGGGGAGGAGCCUGUCGCCGGGGACGAUGCGGCUGGUGAUCACGGCAGCGACGAAUCGCCCAACAAAUCCCCGUCAAAGAAGAAGAAAAAGUUUCGCACCCCGUCGUUCCUAAAGAAAAACAAAAAGAAGUCUGAAACCCAGUGAGGAAGCUUUGCUCAGGCGUUCGGCAAUACCUUUUCUUUAAAUCGAUUUGUUUUUGUACUGUGUUCACAUUUAGUGUGUCGAUCUUUUUAUUAAAGCCUCAUAUUGUUUUUAUUCUUUUAAUAAAUGCUGGCUGAAGUGCACUUUAAAGUGCAGCUCGUUAAGCAUGUUCAACACGCAUCUGUUUUUACAAAGAAAAUCUCAAUCUGAAUACAAUAACCACUAUAAUGUAUUGGAAAUGUAUCGAAUGUUAUUGUUAGAGGUAAAGAAUUGAUGAAAGAGUUCCUCCUGGUGUUCAAUUAAAAUCUUUGCUCUGCUGCAUGUUUAUGAUUUUUCAGAUCACAUCUAUAAACAUCUUUAAAAAAAAAAAAAACCUGGAGUGAAAUGCCUAAUAUAAUCAUAACAUCUCACAGAGUGUAAAACAUGCUUAUGAUAAUAUUCUGAUACAGUGCAGAUAUGUGUUUCGGAUGGAAAUUGAAUGAGUUUUUGAAAUGGGUGAAUCUCACAAAACCUGUUUAUCACACAUUUCAGCCCGAAGUCGAAGCAAAGAAGUCAUUUUUUGUUUUAUUUAAAGAAAAUGAAGCCUUUAUUGUGAUAUUUUCAUAACAAAUAAGCACACUUGCCUCACAAUUAUCUGCUAAAUACAUGUUUUUAGCAGGAAAUCAAGGAGAAUUGGGGUCAAAAUGUGUGUAAUUGCUAUGAAAAUAAUGUUGUAAUGCAAAAUCUCUGACUGAUUUCAAACUUCAUUUUCUUAAUGCAAAAAAAACCUAUAUUUUGUUUUUGUUUUUCAAUGAAAUGAUCAUUUUGUGACAUUUGUCUGUGUCUGUCUCUAAACGUCUCUUAUUGUAAUAUACUAAACACAAACAGCUUUCCCCUUCAUGUAAAGGUUGUUUCAAAACUAGCUGUGACUUUUACCCGGCAGUAAUAUGAAUCACUUAUGUUUGCUUUUGCUUUUAUAUAUAUAUAUAUAUUUAGUUAUUUUUAGCUCUAGGUUGUUUAGUUUCAUUCAAACACGUCAGUAAGUUGACGACACUGUUGUAAAUGACACUAUUGAACAUGCUGUGUAGUUAAUCACACAGACUCCAUUAUUAAAGUUUCAAACAGCCUCUGAUGAUGAUUUAUAUGCGUGUUCUGGAUUAGUUUGCAGACGUGUGGCGUGUUUUCAUACAGAUGCUCAAACAUGCACUCCUCGGUGUGUGUUUAUAGAAACACUGUGAAAAUAUUCACUCAACCAUCCUGAACAACCACAAAGAAACACGCUUCGAAAUUAAUGUUUGAAUACAGCAUCUCUGAGUGAAUCUCACAAAGAAAUGUCCAAUUCAUAUUUCAGCCCAAAUUUAGAGGAAAAAAAUGAAUGUUGCAUAAAUUAAAUAAGGAUCUUAUUUUGCAUGCAUAUAUAAUAUCCUCGGAAAUAGUUGUUUAUUAUAAUUAGCAUAAAUUUAGUGCAAUAAAUGCUAUAUAUAGGCAAUACUUGCAAAAAUAUGAUAUACUUUUUCUGUUUCAGUAAUGGGAUUGUUUUUAUGUUUUUGGUCUGGUUCAUGUUUUAUCCCAAAUUUAAAAGAAAAACAUUAGUUUUCUAUUAAAAUUGUCUAUUUUCAGGACCCUUAAGUUUCAUACAAACUGUAAUGAAAAUAUUUUUUCAUUAUGGUAAAGAUAUUUUGCAGGGAAGAUAUGCAAAAAAAAUUAGGAUUAAUUUUCAUUUUCAUUCUUUUGAUUUGCCGUUGAAUUGUGACUUGUACGUUUCUUUACAGAUUUUGUGAGAUUCGUCUGUUGUUGACUAACCUGUGCAGUAUACGAUCAGUUCUCUUUAAUAUGAUUGUAACAAAUUGCUGUUGAGUUUAACACAUAAAAAGGCAGAAAGGAGUGAAAUACUAACCUAAUCUUUAAUUUUUGAUGGUGCAAAUAGCUUUUGGCUUGUACAGAUAUGAAUUCUGGACCAAUGUGAAGCCGGCAGUGCAGUUUGAGUUUGGUUUAGACACUAUAGAGUCUGACUAACAGUCAUAACACGAGCGUUUGCUGAAGGACUGCAUGGCAUUAUGGGCUUCUAGCUUGUGUUGUUCGUCCUUUGCACUGUUGAUCUUCUCAGCUGUUCUUCAUUUUUAGUUUCUGUUGAAUCUCUAAAUGCUGUUCUUUUUCCCCAGAGUAAUUGUAUGUAAUACAAUUUUAAAACCACAAUUCUUUUUUCAUGGUACUGUUUAUUUUGCCACCAUGAAUAAAACUCCAUCUUUAAAAAUC